AUGAGAGCCGAAAGACGACGCAUUCUAAAGAAGAAAUUGGAGGAUGACGUGAUCGCUCGUCGGCCCAGCUCGCCCUUCCUCACCGAAGAUGAAGAUUCUGAGGCGGAGACCGAGGCUUUGACCGAGGAUGAGCGCGAGGUCGAAGACCAAAAGCCGAAGACGGCCGAUGAGCUCGAGCUUGAUGAAUGGGCCGGUCCACCACCUGGGAAGCGCAACUACGUCGCCCUGCUGAUUUUGACGAACGUGUUGACCCUGGUGUUGCUGUUCGCCGCGCACUGGGAUGCGAGACAGGAGGCGCUAAAACGGAUGUCUCAGCUCGUGUGCCCGACCCAUUUCAACCGCGACGUCCACGCCAUCGAGGCGUACAGGAAGGUCGAGCUGUCCAUCCCGAACCCCAGCCAGAACUAUGUCGUCUACAAGGUGUGCUCGAGCUCGCUGAUGUGCACCGACCCCCAGGUGAUCGAACCCGUGACGGCCGCCAGGGUGGUUUUCGACCGGUACGAGCUUCUGCAUCAGACCCUCGAAAAGAUCAACUACCGUGCGGUCGACAACCUCGAGUUCCGCGUGAAGUACAUUGAGGUUCGCAACAAGCCCGAGAAUCUCCAGUCACUCUGGGACAUCUACACCGCCCAUCUGAAGGACCAGAUCAAGGUGUUGUGGGUGAAGGAGAAGCCCGCCCCCACCCCCUACAAGUACCGGCCCCAA